AUGGACUGUACAGAUAAAGUUCUAAAGCUAAUAGCAGAAUUAUAUCUAAAUUUGAAGUAUCUCAAUAUAUCUGCUUUACAUGGAAGCUUUGGAUCAGAAAAUGAUAUAGAGUUUUCUGAAAUAUCAAUUUAUAAUGUUAUUUAUUCUUGCCCAAGAUUCCAACAACUUGAUCUUAGCUAUUGUGUAAUUACUGAUAUAACUAUUGAAGAAAUUGCUAGAUCAUGUCUUAAUUUAAAGUAUCUUUAUUUGGAAAAGUGUUAUAAUAUUAGCGAAGAAGCUGUAGAUUAG